UUCAUUGGCCCUCAUAUUAUUCUCCGAAAGCCCCGCUGGUCAAUAGGCGGUGAGGAGGACGAACCCUUUCCGGUGGAAUAGUCUCUCGCGCCUACAGUGGUGGAAUCGAACGUCCCUGAACGCACACGGUGUAGAGGAGCGUACCGCGCACGAGUCUCUUGAAGAAAGAUAACGGUUUCUUUUUUGCCCCCUCUCCAAUCAAACAACAAGAAUAAACGAAACCUGAAUUUUUAGGGGGGUUAACAGAGUCUUCUGCUCGUAAGGAGGAGGAAAGCGAGGGAUUUGAGCCUCAAGUUUUUUUUUUCUUUUUUUCGUUUUUUUCUCUCCUUUUUCUAAAAGAGGAUUGUGUGUUUCGCGGUGGUUUGUUAUUCUCUCUCGCCGCAAAGAUGAUGGUCGGAGAGGUCGAAGUGAAGGAGCGACCGAGGCCGAGUCCCGACUAUUUGAUGCAAUUAUUAAACGAGAAAAAGCUCAUGACCAGUUUGCCAAAUCUCUGCGGCAUCUUCACACACCUGGAGAGGCUCCUCGAUGAAGAGAUCAACAGAGUGCGUAAAGACAUGUACAGCGACACAGUGAAUGGCCUUGUGGACAGACACCCGCUAGAGCUGCCUGAGCCUAUUGGACCCAUCGUCCACCUGCAGGAAAAGCUGUUUGUGCCUGUCAAAGAGUACCCUGAUUAUAACUUUGUGGGGAGAAUCCUUGGCCCUCGGGGACUCACAGCCAAACAGUUGGAAGCAGAGACAGGAUGCAAAAUCAUGGUGCGAGGCAAGAGCUCCAUGAGAGACAAGAAGAAGGAGGAACAGAACAGAGGGAAACCAAACUGGGAACACCUAAAUGAAGACCUUCAUGUCCUGAUCACAGUGGAAGAUACACAAGCCAGAGCUGAGAUCAAGAUGAGGAGAGCAGUAGAGGAGGUCAAGAAGCUCCUCGUACCUGCUGCCGAGGGAGAAGACAACUUGAAGAAGAUGCAGCUAAUGGAACUAGCGAUUCUCAAUGGGACUUACAGAGACAACAAUGUCAAAACAUCAGCCGCUCAGGGCCCCCGUCUCAUAGCGGCCCCUACAGGUCAGGUGUUGCCUCCUCAGGCACUCCGGCCUCCAACACCAGCUGGGGCCCCAAUCAUGAACCUCAUCCGGCCCACUCAGAUGGCUGCCAUGCUGCCCAAUGGCACCCCCACUCUGGUGCCCCCCACGCCGGAUGGCGGGCUUAUCUACACCACCCCCUAUGAUUACCCUUAUGCCCUGGCACCCACCUCCCUGCUGGAGUACCCCAUCGAGCACAGUGGGGUUCUAGGUGCAAUGGCUACUAAAGUGAGACGGCAUGACACGCGGGUCCAUCCUUACCAAAGGAUUGUGACCGCAGACAGAGCCGCCACCGGCAACUAACACAUGACCUUCUGACCUCUGAACUCUUCACCCAAUGACGAGCCGCCCCAAGCCUGCCUGCUGAUCAGUUAACUGGUAAAUUGCCUUUUGCUAGCCUCUCGGACGCAAGAGAGAGAGAGAGAGGCGCCUGCCCGUACAGUUACCCUAACACGUUCUGACAAAAAUAGAAACCAACGCAGAAUCUUCACCGAAACAACAAAACCCAACAAAGUUGUGUAAUAUUCAUUUUUCCCCUUCUGUUCAUUGAGUUCAAUUCCCAUUCUUUCUCUUUCUUUUUCUUCAUGAAUCAUUUACUGGGUGGAUGUGUUUGUGGUAUUACUCAUAAAUCUGCACUGAAUUAUAUAAAAAUAAAGACCCCCACCCUGCCCACCCACCUUCCUUUAAUCGCCCUGAUUUGAUGACCUCACUUGUAUGAAUUAAAGGUCAAUAUCUGACGCAAACCAGUCGGUUUCAGAUUAACAACAUCAUCUUCUCCGAUGUUUGGACCCACCCCCCAUCAAAAACAAAACACUCAAGAGGUCCCCCACCCCGCCCCCACCCUCUCUACACCCACCCGCUGACAGAGAAAAAGAAAUAGAAGGAAAGAGAAUGAACACUCACAUUAAUGUGUUUAAUUUGUCAUUUUUCACAUGCAGUGCAGUUGUUGAGCUCUGAGAUGUGAUUAUGAGCUGACACAUUUUGGGUGUGCCCCCUCCAAACAGCUUCCUGUCUGGUUUUUUAAAAAAGCAUGGCUGAAAUGAUUGCAAAAAAAGCUUUUUAUGAUUUGUGUUGUUUUUCCUGCUGUUUGCUGUUUUAAUUUUGCUUUUGAGUCAUUUUCUCCACUUGAUUUUUGGUUUCUCAGUCGUUCAUGUUUGACUAAUUAGCUUUGCUCUUAUUGACCAGUCAAAAUAAAGCGGGUGGUUAUCUCUGGAAAACAAAACACAAAGAUGGGAAGGUCAGAACUGGGCUGAUGAGUCCAUGUGUGCUUUUUAAAUUAAUACUACAAUGAAAGUAGGGUGUGCUGGGGCUUCGGGGGACACUGCAGCAGUGCUUAUUAGCUACUGACCAUUGCUAUGCCCCCAUCCACACUGCACUCAUUUCUACAGUGCCUGAUGUAUUUAGGAAAUAUCUCAAUAAAUUAGCUGAACUGUGAUCAAAAAGACAAAAAAAAAGUAUUAAGUGUGCAUAUUUAGCCAAAGGGUUUUCCAAUGGAUUAUAUAUCUGCAGUUAUGCAUGUAUGUCACAGAGGGCUCUCCUUGUGAUUUUAGAGUUUGGAAGGGUGUGAAUUUGUGGUGCCUGCCUUCAGCUGGAAUAGACAGCCAGUCAAUCAGAUCAAGUUCAACUCAUUAAUUUUUUUAUUUUUUAUUUUUUUCCUGAGAAGGUAACCGCAGGCAGUUAACACUAAAUCAGCAAUCAACUCAGUAGCCCUACGUUGCUAUUGGGAAGGGCACUCUGAAGUUCUGUAUAUACAUGAUUUUGUCAUGAUACUUGGCUUCUAUGUUGAGUUGUUUCAUCAGCCACAUUGCCAAAUGAGUUUGUUUUAUUUUUUCAUUUUGACAUCUUAACAUUUGGCCAAUUUAUUUUUGGUGUGUGUGUGUGUGUUU